UGAUUUGAUUUACUUUCGCUUGCUCUAUAUAGUUAAAAGUAUUAAAAUCUUGCCCAUGUCUGCUAAGAAACCCAAGAGGAAAGAGCAGGAUGAAGCAUCAGAAUAUCCAGAUGUGUUGCUUGGAAUAUGCCAGGAGAAAUUCAGUGUACUAGAAGCGGAGCUGGCAAGUUUAAUGGAGCUGGAGGGUAACUGCACUCAAGAUGAUAAUUUAUCAGAGCUGUUAGGACAAGAUGAAGUAGUUACAGACUAUGACAUACUGACCAUUUACAAAAACGUGUCAAAGCUCAGCGCUAUAGAGAGCUAUUUGAAGAUUUCGUAUCGACCUUUUCAGUGCUUUGUGAAUUGCCGCACCGAGUUGAAGCUGCUGGAGGUGGAGACCUUUCUACCCAAAACAGACUACACGCCGGACAGACAUCCCGCGCUCUUUGUACGCCUCUCGAAUCCCGUCUGCAGCCUGCGUGUCUAUGAAAAUGGUAAUAUCUACUGUCAGGGUUAUAGCUGCAAUGGCGCCGCAUCGGGCAUACAGAGUUUUAUUGCCAGCCUGGAGAUAUUGGGCUAUGAGCCCGUCUUUCACAAUCCCGUUUUUAAUGUGGUGAAUGCGACAUUUUGUCUGCCGUUUCGCGUUGAUUUAGAGCAGCUGUAUUUGGAGAAUCGCGAUGCGUGCGUUUACAAUCCGGAAACGCAUCCGUAUCUCAUGUACAAAGUGCCAGAUUUAACAAUCAAAUUAGCCAUAUUUAGCACUGGCUGUGUGUUUGUUCUAUUGUCGCUCCAACCCAUUUGUACACAAAAAGCGAUUGCCUAUAUUAUGCCAGUGAUCUAUCGCCAUAAAGCGACUAGAGCUGGAACUGGAGUGCGUGAGGAAGCGGAAGUAUGCAGCGGCGAUAUAAAUUUCAACUUGCUUUGGGAAAAUGAAUUCCAGAAGGCAUAUCAAGGUUCAGUUAAAUAUUAAAAACUUGCUCGACUCGGCGGAACAAAAACUUUAAUUUUCAUACAACAUAAAAAACUUU